AUGCCACACCUGUCAGACGACGAGAGCAGAAACCGUUUUCUGAAGGGCACCUACAUGGUGCUCGCCAUUCACUGGGGCAUCAUCACGCUGUGUUCGUUGUUGCCGUUGUGGAGCCAGAACCUCCGCAUCUUCCUACAGGACCAGAACGAGACGUUCGUCAUCAUGGGAGUGUAUCUUGGAGUGAUUGUGUGCAUCACCGCGUGUUUCGGACUCCACCGGAAAGUGCCUUGGAAUCUCGGAGCGCUCGCGGUUUUUACGUUGGCAUGGAUUCUCGUGAUUCCUACGGUGACCGCGGCGUCUGAAUCGUACGGAGCAAUCUUCGUAUUUGGGACACUCACCGUAGCGGCCCUUUUCAUUUCACUGGUCAGCUGCGUUGAGCGAUGGAACGCUCUGAGUUGGACUUCUGUUCUCGUGAUCAUGGUGUCGGUGAUCGGUUCCCAUCUAGUGCUCUACCGCUACUCGAAAGAGUCACCGGAGCUCGUUUCGGUCUCGUUGGGACUCUGCGUCCUGAGCAUCCUGUACCUCCUGGCCGACAGUGUCUCGAUAAUGGGUCGGUCGAAUUUGAAACUCGAAGACGACGAAUACGUUUUCGGAGCUAUGACGCUCUAUCUGGACCUGUUGGUGCGCACCACGGACUGGAUAAGCGGGAGAUGUUGUCGUUGCCUGCAAUGA